CUUUUUAGUUUGCUUUACAACUGAAGCCCCUACCAGUACGAAUCGCAGUAUGCUUUCCUGUUUCUUCCUUUCCCACCUUCCAUGGGAUUCAUGCCUUCUCUCGUGACCCUAGCCAGCCCACCGAGUUAACUCACCUCCACCUCUACUCACUCAUAAAAACCUUUCUCUAUCAUGUGCUCUCUCACUUUCUCUCCCCAUCUCUGUCUCCCGAUCAGCUCUCCGUAGACACAGAUAAUGGCAUCACCUCAGCAGCUCCGGAACGGCGGCGUUCACACCCCCUCGCCGGGGCACAGAAUCCAGCCUCCGUUUCACUCCACCGUCUCCGUGCACAAGCUCCGGCGCGUCAACAUUCUUAUCCUCAUAUUCCGCUUCGCCGCGUUCUGCUUCUCCCUCGCCGCCGCCGUUUUCAUGCUCUCCAAUUCGCACGACGCGGAUUCUCCCAAUUGGCACCAAUUCGACGCGUUCAGGUUCGUAGCGGUUGCGAAUGCGAUUGUCGCUGUGUAUUCGUUCUUCGAAGUCGGAGCUUCGGUUUGGGAGAUUUCCAGAGGCGCAACCGUGUUCCCUGAAGUCAUACAGGUCUGGUUCGAUUUCGGCCACGAUCAGGUGUUUGCGUACAUGUCACUGUCGGCGGCAGCAGUCGGGACGGCGUUCGCCCGGACGUUGCACGGUAUGGACACGUGUACGGAUGACAAUGCGUUCUGCGUCCAAUCCUAUAUCUCGAUCGCACUUGGAUUCGCCGGAUUCGUGUUCCUGGGCCUGUCUUCAUUGGUUUCGGGUUAUCGGGUCGUCUGUUUCGUAAUUCACGGGUCUCGUUUUCAUCUUUGAGAUGCCGUUUUGGGCCUGAUUUUUGUUAUAGGGUGUUGGUUAGAUUAUGGGUUAAUUUGGGCUCGACCCAUGUUUGAUGCUAUCAACGAGACUGGGCCUGAACAUAUCUGGACCUUGAAAUUGAUUAUAGAGUGUAAUUUUGCAUUGAAUUCAAACUAUAUAGUGGAUAGAAGCUUUUGUAAAAUUAUAUUUUUCAGGGUCAAAACUGGAAGUUUAAAUGGGAAAAUUAUAAUUUGUGGAUCAAAAUUGAUGUC